AACUUCCCAGAUCUAUUCUUACUACAUUGUGUUUCCUAAAAAGAACAAUCAUUUCAAGUUGUUGAUCUCAACCGAGUAGAAGAGCUGUUUCGGAAGAUAAAAGAUAUUGUUUUAUUUUAAAAUUCUAUGUCAAGGGUCUUGUAUUCACUGCCAUUAUUCGGCACCAAACGAUUUUUGAACACUGGAUGUCGAAGGCUUCAAUGGGUUCCUUUUACACAAUUCGUUUGGCGAAACCGCGGGUACUCUAUAGCUGCUGGUAUACAUCCCAGUAAACGAAAAAGGCUGGCUGAUUACGAACAGUUAGCAAAUGAAAAUUUGUCUGACCCAUAUUUUCAGGCCAAGCUGUACAAGGAAUUAUCAGAUUUAUACCCCGAAGCAAUUCAGCAUCGCUACGAAACUUUAGGAGUAGCUAGAAAUUCGAUAUGUGAUCGAUUUUACCAAGAAGCUUUACAAAGGUUGUCUAUCAAACAAAACUUCCCGUCAUCUUUCGCCCCUAAUUUAAAACACGAGUUGAGUUCUUACCCAAAAAACUCGAACGAAUUCAUGAAACCCCUCGAAAGUACACCAAAUCUAUAUUCUUCGACUUAUGCACAUGCACCGCAACCACCACAACCUCCUACGCAAGCAAUGUAUCCGACGCCUCCGCUGGCAUCUACUCUGGGUUCAAGCAGUAAAACUCCUAUGUACGUCGUGGUCGAUGAGCCUCGCUUUACAAAGUUUUUUCGUAUUUUUAAGUUUAUUGCUGGUCUCAGUGUAGCUUCCUACUUCGUCUUGCUGGGUGUUAGUAUCUUUGCUGAAACAUCCGGGCUCAAUAACAUCAUGUCCAACGCUGCUGAACAAGAACCGAUUGAGGAACGUUCUAUCGAUGUGCGCUUUUCAGAUGUUCAGGGUGUUGACGAAGCAAAAGAAGAGCUUGAGGAAAUUGUCGCAUUUUUAAAGGACCCUACCCAUUUUACGAGACUCGGAGGGAAACUUCCUCGAGGUGUUUUACUAACUGGUCCACCAGGAACAGGAAAAACUAUGCUUGCCCGUGCUGUGGCUGGUGAAGCAAAUGUCCCUUUCUUUUUCAUGAGCGGUAGCCAGUUUGACGAAAUGUACGUUGGUGUUGGUGCUAAGAGAGUUCGUGAACUGUUCAUAGCCGCUCGAAAACAUGCACCUGCGAUCAUUUUCAUUGAUGAACUAGAUGCUAUUGGACAGAAAAGGAAUGCCCGAGAUGCAGCCCAUAUGCGCCAAACGCUUAACCAACUACUAGUUGAUUUGGACGGAUUUUCCAAAAGCGAAGAUGUAGCUCAUCCUGUUGUAUUCAUUGGCGCUACCAACUUUCCCGAAAGCCUUGAUCCAGCUUUAACGCGCCCUGGACGAUUUGACCGCCAUAUUCAUGUUCCUCUUCCUGAUGUUCGGGGUCGUAUGGCAAUUUUACGCCAUCACACCCAAAGCGUUCCUUUAGACUACACUGUAGAUCUAAGUAUCAUUGCACGAGGAACUUCUGGAUUUGCAGGAGCAGAUUUAGCAAACCUGAUUAAUCAAGCGGCCGUACGUGCUAGUAAGAAUCAUAGCUCGAAUGUCGGCAUGCAAGAUCUAGAGUGGUCUAAGGACAGAAUACUCAUGGGUGCUGAAAGAAGAAGCGCCGUGAUUACUACUGAGAGUAAACUAAUGACUGCAUACCAUGAGGGUGGUCAUGCUCUAGUAGCUUUGCUAACUAGAAAUGCUAUGCGGCCAUAUAAGGCAACGAUUAUGCCUAGAGGAAGUAGCCUUGGUAUGACCAUUUCUCUUCCGGAUAUGGAUAAGGAUAGCUGGACUCAUGAUGAAUAUCUUGCUAUGAUGGAUGUGGCUAUGGGAGGUCGUGCUGCUGAAGAGUUACUUUACGGAAAAAACAACAUUACCUCUGGUGCCCAUAAUGACAUAGACAAAGCUACCCAAGUUGCCCGGAGAAUGGUCACCGAAUUUGGCAUGUCAGAACAAAUAGGACCUGUUAGUCUUGAGGCAGAUUUGGAUUCCCUCUCUCCCACAACAAAAGCGAUAGUAGAAGCCGAAAUCAAAUCUUUGUUGGAAGCAGCAUAUGAAAGAUCUCUCACACUUUUGAGGUCACACAAAAAAGAACUGGAUGCUAUUGCUAAUGCUCUGGUCGAUUAUGAGUUUUUGACUGCUGAUGAAAUGAGACUUGUUAUGAAUGGCGAAAAAGAUUUGACGAGAGCCAAACUGGCCUGAAAUUACCUGUUUGUAUGGUAAGUUUAAUAACGGAAUUUGGCUUUAUGCUUGUUUAUUCCUCUUAUCAGAUAACGAACUGUCCAAGGUAUAUACUUUCGUGUAUUUUUAUUUUGUUUCUGCUAAAAAUUUUGUUUAACUUAUUGGUCAGUCCGAAAAGUUUGGUUUUGAGAUUACAAAAGUUACUUGUUUUAUAAAAAAAUUCUGUUAAUGAAAACCUGUAAUGGAAUAACGAUAUCAACACCACUUCUUCUAGUUUGUAUGCAUAAUUGUAUAUUAGAUGUAAAUAGUCAUGUCGC